AUGAAUUGCAAAUACUGUUGUGUAACUUGUGGUGCCGAAGCUGAUGAAUUAUCGCAUCAUUAUAAAGAAGGUGUCAUCAAAAUCAUUCAUUGCAAAGAAUGCCAAAAUCCAGUUGAUCCCUACAUUGAAUUAGAUGAUCUCCUUGUCUUCAUUGACUUUGUUUUACUAAAAUUACGAGCACAUCGACAUGUUCUAUUCAAUAUUGACAAAAUCAAAUAUAACCACAUUAUCAAACUUUCAUGUGCAUUGAUUCUUGCUAAUGCGUACAUUAAAUGGUUUCACCUGAAAAACGAUCAAUAUCAAUCGAUUAUCAAUCAAGACCAUCAUAUUUUCUAUGCUCUAGAAUACGGAUUCUAUUCGAAUUUAUUCGAAUCAUUUCUCGAAUACACCAUUCGAUUUGGAUUGAUAUUUCUCAUCGCAUUUGCGCAGUGGAGACAGAAUUGGACAAGAGACAGAUCCAUGCUUCUCUUUCGUGCAUUGAUUCUUUCAAGCAUUGGUCAGCUAUUCAUCUUACCCUUGUUAAUAUGGAGUCCCGAUCACCGUGAUUACUACGGUUUACUAAUGAGUUUUAUAUUUACUAUUCUUUGUCAUACUCAGGCGCUGAAUGCUUCACGAUUAUUCUCAUCAUUAAUGUCUUUUCUUUCAUCAACAAUAGCAAUACUUCUUUCCAAAUAUUUGCUUUCGAUAGUUUCACAGAAUUCUUUUCUAUAA